AUGGCAAUGGUGAAGGCUGUCCUCGUCGCAGUUGUGGCCGUGGCGGCACUUGUGCAGCUCGCCGCCGCGGUGGAUCACCCGGUAGGCGGCGCCGGUACGAAGUGGACCACCAGCGGCGGCUACGACGCCUGGUCCGGCGCACAGAAGUUCACCACGAAAGACAGCCUUGUGUUCGACUACUCGUCAUCGCACGACGUCGUGGAGGUGAGCAAGGCCGGCUACGACGCCUGCUCGGCCAGCGGCGCCGUCGCCACCUACACCGGUGGCAAGACCACCAUCAAGCUCACAACCGCCGGCAAGCGCUACUUCAUCUGCGGCAUUCCCGGCCACUGCGCCGCCGGCAUGAAGCUCGCGGUCAACGUCGUCGCCGCCGCCGCAACACCCGCAACCCCCGCCAAGCCCAGGGGCCAGAGGAGCGUCGCCCCUGUCGCCGCACCGGCGCCUGCGCCGGCCCCUGUGGAAUCUUCCACCGACGAGCAGCAGCCCAACGUGUCGUCGCCAACCGGCAGUACGCCGUCCAGCGCCGCGACCAUCGGUGCCAAGGCCGCCGUGGCCAUCGCCAUGGGCAUGGCCGUGGUGUUCGCCAUGUGA